UGAGCUGUAACGUGAUUUUCACUAUGAGGGUCAGAAAACAGUAAAACCGGCCGCAGCGUUUCUGCAGUAAAAUCUACAUAACAGCAAAACACAAGCGACAGUUCGAGCCUAGAAACUCGCUUCAUAGAUCUACGUGUACUUUCGAGCAGCGCUGCUUCGAGGUUGAUUUAAACAGGACACGAUGUCGGGCAAAGAUCGGAUCGACAUUUUCCCGUCGAGGAUGGCGCAGACCAUUAUGAAGGCUCGUCUGAAAGGAGCCCAGACUGGACGUAAUCUGCUGAAGAAGAAAGCUGACGCCCUUUCCAUGCGCUUCCGGCAGAUUCUUAGGAAAAUUAUCGAGACCAAGACACUGAUGGGAGAAGUCAUGAGGGAAGCCGCCUUUUCUUUAGCUGAAGCCAAGUUUGCUGCUGGUGACUUUAGCACUACUGUUAUCCAGAACGUGAACAAGGCCCAGGUGAAGGUCAGAGCAAAGAAGGACAACGUAGCAGGUGUGACUCUGCCUGUGUUUGAGCACUACCAGGAAGGAGGAGACAGUUAUGAACUGACUGGUCUGGCCAGAGGUGGAGAGCAGCUGUCCAGACUGAAGAGGAACUAUGCCAAAGCUGUGGAGCUGCUGGUGGAGUUGGCCUCCCUGCAGACAUCCUUCGUCACUUUGGACGAGGCCAUCAAGAUCACUAAUCGCCGUGUGAAUGCCAUCGAGCAUGUGAUCAUCCCAAGGAUCGAGCGCACCCUCACUUACAUUAUCACUGAGCUGGACGAGAGAGAAAGAGAAGAGUUUUACAGGCUGAAGAAAAUCCAGGAGAAGAAGAAGCAGCUUCGGGAGAGGACGGAGAAGGAGAUUGCCCAGCGUCUGGCCAAGCUCGGACCCAUGGCUGAGCCGGCCAACAUGCUAAACGAGGAGGCCGAUGAAGACCUGCUGUUUGAGUAAAGCUCCGCCCCGCAGCUUCCAACCCAAAACCCUAUUUAUUCUGUGCCUCUGAGGCCAUAUUCACCACGGUUUUGUGAAAUUGAAAAAGAUUUGUCAUUGUUUUGUGUACAUGUUGGUGCUUAUGUUUUGCUUUGGGGAGAAGAGGAAUGUUCACGUUACGACAAAAGCAUGUUCACCAGACCUCUGUUAAAAAAAAAAACCCCAAAAAACAAAAAAAACACAAAAAGGAAAGAAAGCAAGUCAUUGGUUUCUGCUGCCGAUGAUUUUUUUCCUGUAUAGUAAGUAAAGUAUGCUGUGUCUGGUCUUGUCUGUGUGAGUGGCUUAUUUUUGAUGACUGAAAAUCACACCUGUAGAAUAGUAAAUGGAUUUAUUCAGAAACGUCCUGAAAAUAUCAUUCCAAGUGACGGUACUUGCUCACAUUCUACUCUGAUACUCGUCUGAGUGUUGAAAGAAAGCCAGCGUAGCCACAUGUGCGGUUUAUUAUGACUGAAAAACUCCAGAUCCUUAUUUACUGUGAGCGUGGACGGAGGCUGUGGCUGAUUACUGAAUUACACGAUCAAAAAAAAAGAUGGUUCUUUAAGGGUUCUUUAGUAAAUAAAUUCUAUGUAGAACCAUAAACUCUUAAAGGGUUCUUUGCAUGGUGAAAGGAUUCUUCAGACUGAUGGAGAAUGUGCUGUAGAUGGUUCUAGAUCGCACCAAAAGGAUUCUUGUUACAAUUGCGAAUCACAAUGCAAAGAAUCCUUUAAUAUGCAGAGUUCUAGAACCAUCAUCUUCACUAAAGAACCCUUGAAGAUGAUCUUUUUGACGUGUGUCCUGAAACUUCUGCAUUCUAACUCUUCUUGUCUGUUGAAUUAAUUGCAAUAAAGUGUAUAGAUGGUA